AUGUCUACGCCCUCGAUAGCAACCACCCUCCUACCUGCUCACCAUAGCCAGUAUGGUUAUACUCAUCAAAAUCUAUAUUCGCCGACUGCCCGCCCAUACCCCACUACCAAUACUCUACCAGCACCCCAGCGGUUGAACACCUCGUUUCAUUCUUACCAAGGUGCCGCUCAGUAUCAACGACCUCAACAGUCCCCGGCAAUGUCCUACAGAGGGCCCUCAAAUGUUUCCACAAUGCCUGCGUCCCAGUCUACCUCGGUUCUGCCUGAUGCUCACCUCAGAAGACAACCAGACUGGAAUGAAUUUUACAAAAACGGCAUCCCGAAAGAAAUCAUUGUUAUCGACGAUGACAGUCCAGACCCUCAAUGGCCAGGAGACGCUUCGAGAAGACAGCAGAGACAGGAUGCCGCAGGUUACACGUCGAAUGCGGGCCGCAAAAGAAGAGGUGAUCAAGGCGAAGAGAUUGAAUAUGCAGACAGCCCAACGUAUUCGACGCACCCAGCCAAAUUCGGUGCGUCCUCGUCGUCUGCCUCUUAUCAUUCCGGUGAUCGAACCACUUCCCUCCAGACCGUGACCGCGCCAACCUCUCUCGAAUCAUAUGGCAGCAACCCUGCUAGCAACAGUUACGAAGAUGUCAGAGUGGGACAAAAGCGGAAGAGAGCACAACCCCAAAAAGAGACCCGAUCACAAGCGGCAAAAAGGAAACAACAAGAAUCUGCACCAGACGCCUUUGCAGACUACAUACCUCCUCCAAAACCGUUACGAAAAGCUGCGGAUGUUCACGUUCCGGUAGUACGAGAUACAGAAAAGCAUAAAAGUCUGAAAGUUGAUGAUGAUGAUGGACAUUAUAUCGUGAACUCUGGCACUAAACUUGCUGAUCGAUAUGAGAUCAUCAAGCUCCUUGGGCAAGGCACUUUUGGCAAAGUCGUUGAGGCUUACGAUUCGCGAAAGAAGACGAAAUGCGCGGUCAAAAUCAUUCGAUCGGUGCAGAAGUACCGCGAUGCCUCUCGGAUCGAGCUGCGCGUCCUCUCCACACUUGCUCUGAAUGACAAAAACAAUCGAAAUAAGUGCAUCCAUCUAAGGGACUCAUUCGACUUCCGAAACCACAUCUGUAUAGUCACGGACCUGCUGGGACAGAGUGUGUUCGAUUUCCUCAAAGGAAAUGGCUUUGUUCCCUUCCCAAGUACGCAAAUUCAGAGCUUUGCCCGGCAACUGUUCACCAGCGUCGCCUUCUUGCACGACUUGAACCUCAUCCAUACAGAUCUCAAGCCUGAAAACAUACUGCUGGUUCACAAUGCUUACCAAACCUUUACCUACAAUCGCUCGAUACCUUCAUCGUCUCAUACCAUAUCAAGAACAGCUCGUCAACGCAGAGUCCUUUUAGACAGUGAGAUCCGUCUAAUAGACUUUGGCUCUGCUACGUUCGAUGACGAAUAUCACUCCUCAGUAGUGUCGACCAGGCAUUACAGAGCACCUGAGAUCAUCUUGCAACUGGGCUGGAGUUUCCCUUGCGACAUUUGGAGCAUCGGUUGCAUCAUUGUGGAAUUCUUCACAGGCGACGCAUUAUUCCAAACGCACGAUAAUCUCGAGCAUUUGGCAAUGAUGGAAGCAGUAUGCAAUGGCAAGAUCGACUCCAAACUAGUCAAGCAAGUAUGCGCCGGGGGCCGCGGGGCGAACGCAAAUUCUGCCGCCAAAUUUUUCAACAGAGGGAAACUGGAAUAUCCUAACAGUGAAACCUCAAAGGGAUCUAGGAAAUACGUCAAAGCGAUGAAGCACCUUCACGAAUUCAUACCUGCCAACUCGUCUUUCAACAGGCAUCUGCUUGACCUGUUGAGGAGAAUCUUCGUUUAUGAUCCGAAGAAUCGGAUCACAGCAAAAGAAGCCCUCAAGCAUCCUUGGUUCAAAGAAACCAUUGUGGACGACGGUACUGAGGCAAUUCGCAUACGCGAGGAACGUUCUCUGGUUGAAGACCCGUUUGCUGAGGAAGACGCAAAUGCAAAACGGCCGCGAAUAGAUCAAUGA